CAACGCCCGAUACGUAGUUUUCUUACGCUGCCCGAGCUGUUAAAAUUCCAACUACGUCGUGGGCGUAGCGGCUCCUUGUAAUGGCGACCGUGCCGUAGAUGUGCCCAGGUUCGUGAAAAUGAAGCGAAGAAGAAGUUAUUUCUUUUAAGUGACACGCCGAGGUUCCCCGGAGGAGGACUUUGCGUCGACGACCGUCGUCUUCACGCGUGGUGAACUCAGCUGUACUUUUGAACUUUUUUGUGGCCGCUUUUGAGAUGAUGAAGCUCAAGUCGAACCAAACCCGGACGUACGACGGGGACGGCUACAAGAAGCGGGCCGCCUGCCUGUGCUUCAGGAGCGAGACCGAGGAGGAGGUGCUGUUGGUGAGCAGUAGUCGACAUCCCGACAAGUGGAUAGUUCCUGGAGGGGGAAUGGAGCCCGAGGAGGAGCCCAAUAUUGCUGCCGCUCGAGAAGUGUGUGAAGAGGCCGGUGUGAAGGGGACUUUAGGUCGCUUAGUUGGCGUUUUUGAGAACCAAGAGAGGAAACACAGAACCUACGUCUACGUCCUCCUUGUAACGGAGCUGCUGGAGGACUGGGAGGACUCGGUCAACAUCGGGAGGCAAAGGGAAUGGUUUAAGAUAGACGAUGCCAUCCGGGUGUUGCAGAGUCACAAGCCCGUGCAGGCCACCUACUUCGAGGCUCUCGGGGAGAGCUGCCCGACCAGCAACGGGACGCCCCUGGCGGCCACGAUAAGCGGGGACCUGUCCCCCACCUACAGCCUCAGCCAGAGCUCCGUCUCGGGUAUCAGAUAACUAAAACCCUCCAACUCUCCGACACCUGCGGGAGCGUCUUCGCCACCACUCGUCCACGUGUCCCUCUCCUCUCCCCUUUCUUUUUCUCUUCUUCUCUGCCGUCUCAAUAACAUGGUUUGCCUUGCCAACUCCUUUGUGCCAGAACUGUGGCGCAGACUUGGUGACGAGUGUCGGGUGAAUAGUCUGAAACACUUUGUAAAUGUCAUUUUUUUGACUCCCCCCCCCCCCCUCUAUUUUAAUUUUAUUUUGUACCCCCUCUUUCCUUUUACUGACAACUGCAUGAAAUGUGCCCCUCGCUCACCUCUCUCUCUGUCUCUCUAUUUCUCUCUGUCUCUCUAUUUCUCUCUGUCUCUCCAUCUCUCUAUUUCUCUCUGUCUCUCCAUUUCUCUCUCUCGUUCGUCCCUGAACGCGCCCUCAGCGUGGUGUUUAUUGAAUGCAAUAACUACUUUUUACUGUUGUAAUGUAAAAGUGUAUACUUAGUGAUUAAGCGGAAAGGCUUCUGGUGGUCUUUUUUUUUUUUUUUAAGUCUCCUCCAUUACUUUCGAAUAUAUAUUUUUUCCUCUUUGUGAAUGAGUGCCGCCCAAUAGUGUACCCCCCCCCCCUCCCCUGUUAAUAAGGAUAGGAAAUGUUGUCUGUGUCUGAAUGAACAGACUUGUGGGAAGUGACUUGUCUUGCAUGAGCACUGUGACGUGGCGUCCACAGACUUGUGGCGAGGUCUUUUUGGAUCCUCUUCAUUUUAGUUUGUUCCUCGUCGUCGUCGGCGGCGAUGCCUCUGGUCAGAAGGAUGUGCCCCCCCCCCCCUUUCCCCUCCCCACACACUAGUUUUUCAAUUUCAAGUGUCAAGUGUGUUUCUCUCUCUCUCAUUCGGGAGGAAGCUUGCCAAGCACUACAGGUGUCACUCUCCAGUGGCCCAUAAUACACACACACACACACACACACACACACCGUGAAGAGAGUGAACGAAUGUCAACAUACAAUGUCAAAUGAACCACCGUUUCUCCUCAGUGUCUUUACCUCCUUUUUCAAUCCCCCUCUUUUUUUUGCUUUCCUUUGACCACAAGAGUCUUCCUCCGUAGAUUGAGAGGGGAGUGGAUUUCAAAAAAAAUCAUGGACUUGUAAUUUUCAAAAUGCAGCACAUAUCACUUAAGUUAUUCAAACCCAUCUCCCAUGUUUUACUCCUCACAUUCAGUUUGGUUCCAAGCGAUUUGUUUACAGUGGGCAUGAUUAUUAAUGUUUUUAUUUGUAUUACCCUUUCUUUAUUAUUUAAUCUGCAUCCCCCCCCCCCCCCAAAAAAAACACUCAAAAAACACCUGCUUGACCUGGAAAAGUAAUCCAAUCUCUAAUGCUGGUGCAGAACAAACAAGCCUUGUACAGUUUGAGACCUCGUUUUUAACCUGUAAAAUGCUUUUGGAUACUAGUCUUGUUUUUGUUUGUAUGUUUUUUUUCUCUCUAACGUCGCGCAAAAGUCUCUUUUUAUUUUUUAGCCGAGCCGCGUCGCUCGGCCUCGACGUGGCGCGAGGCCGCCGGCUCAAUACUGUGAAACUGGAGGCGCUGUAGAUAGCAUGUUAGAGGUUUUUAUUGUACAUUGUUUAUUUCUGUAUAGAUAAAAGGUGAGAGGACAAGUGACAAGGAAACACCUCUCACUCAUCUGUGAGUCCGACACGUCAUUUCAACCGAGGCUGGAGGAGAGAACUGUAGAUCUGAGGGGCGUGGUUAUCUGAGAGGGAGGAGCCUAUUUAUUAUCCAAUAUUCUCACAAUUCUGAUUUUUGGAGAAGAAAAAAAAAUGUUGACCAAAACGAACGUGUCACAGUACUAAGAUGACUGUUCUUUGACUUUAUGAUUUAGUCUGGAGUUUCCAAACCAUCGUUUUACUUUCGCAGUAAAGCGGCCGCCAGCUGUUUCUUCCCAUCGAGGUUUCUUUCAUUGCCGUUUCUCCAAAACUUUAACGUGAUACUGAGGUUUUCUGUCCAUAUUGAAAUCUGUCUUUUAAAUUCAUAUGGCAAAUGUGUGUGUGUGUGUGUGUUUUUUUUUUUUUUGCCGGUUCGUGACCUCUUUCAAACAGAAGUCAUAUAUGAGCCACUGUUUAUCUGUAAAGCUGCUAUAAUCAACAUUUCUAUAUGGAUUUAAACUUUGAGUUUUUUUUUUAUUAUACAGAUACGUCAGCAAUUACUUUGCCAACACUAAAAAAAAAUCUGAUUUUUAGUUUGGGAUUAUGCGCCCACUUCUCAGACUUGUGAGAGUUGUAUUUUCCUUGAAUGCCAAAAAAAAGAGUACACUUGUUUCAUCUUGGUUAAAAUGACGGGAUGCACAUUUAAGGAAACGACAGUAUCACGAUUCAGUCGGCCAGAAGCUGACACAAAAAAAUGAAAGAAAGAAACCUUCAUGGGGAAAUAACACGGAACUGAAGUCCGUGUUCACAAACGUGACGCUGGAAUUAAAAAAAGGGGGCAGAAGGCGGUCGUCUUUUUAGUCACGGUCCUUUUUCUCCCGGUAAUUGUGGGGGCUCAACUCCAGAAAACCAGCUCCAGACCGAUUCCUUUUAUUAUCCGUCAAUAGAAGGAAGAAGAAAAAAGAACACCUCAGGACGAAAGUAUGUGUGAAGAGUCUGAAGUCUCGCGACGGGUCCAGACUUUGACUUUAUUGCUGUGCAGCAGGAAGGCGCGGUGGCCCAAAGUCUGGCUUUACGAGCCCCGCCUCCUCCGAGGGAGCGAGCGCGAGGAUUAGAACCCCGUGGAGUCGUCAUCGAGACGUCACGAUCCGACGUCAAGGGCUUGAAUCUGUAUAUGGCUUUAAAAAAGAAAAGACAAAUCGAAAACUGAGUUAAUUGGCGGGCGAUUUGGUGUUUUGGAUGACGGGUGACGGGUACUGUCCAAAUGAAUGUGAGGAGGACGUCCACAAGUAACAGCCAGUGACUUAAUUAUUAAUGACCACUUGUUCUGGAUCCAUAUUUUAAUUUUAUUUUUGUGUCCGUUUAAAUCUGUUGUGUUAUUGACGAGAACAUGUCUUGUGUGUAUAUCGCUGACACGGCACCCGUUCAGCCAGAGGACGCACGUCGGUCCAUGAGGAUGAGUGUCCCGCUUCUUUCUUCUUCUUUUUUUGUUGUUGAAACAACUCCCUUCUAACUCAAAAUACAAGCACUUCCGGUCGAGUGUAAAGUGAUCUGGAGUUCGGGAGGAGAUGUAUGAAGUACACGUCUCCAUAUGAGCACGUUGGCGUUAAAGGUAGCUUCCCCCCUUUUUUUUUUUUUCUGGCUGCAGAUUUCUAGAACUGUUUGACUCUUUUUGGAGGACGUUGAAGGGUCAGAACUUUGGGGGAGAAAAACGAGAGGAGGAAUUAUUCAGUCACUUCCUUUUUUUAAUUUACCAAAGGUGAUGGUAUACAUAUGUAUUGCCCCAUCUUGUGGCCAAAGCGAAAAAUAAACUUAGAUAUAUAUAUUUAUAUAUUCAUAUAUAUAUAAAUAUACACUCGUAUAUAUAUAUUAAUUUAUAUAUUAAUAUAUAUAAUGUAUAUUAAUAACUAUACAUUAAUAUAUAUAUUAUAUAUAUUGUAUAUUAAUAUAUAUAUUAAAAAGCGCAUCACUUUGCUGUUGAGGAUCGUGACAUUUAGUUUCCUUUAGUGUGAUGGUCAGAUGGCCAUUUUAAUAACUGAAUGACUUACAAAAUUUGAAAUUGAUAAACACAGUUUAAAAGACCCCCCCCCCCCCCAAAUACUAGUAAUUGAGUAACAAAUUAAACAUUGCACCCGACCUCAGCCUUGAAGUUACACGCUCGUAAUUCUGUUCUCCAAGGUAAACGUGUCACUGGAAUGUUUCCUCUCUUCCCUUCUUUUGUCAUUUGGGACUGUGGAAUAAAACCAGUGCAAAAAGACUGAAGAUUGUAAUAUAAAUGUGCCAACAAAUAAACACCAGUAUUUCACAUUCA